AUGUCAGCACAAGAUGUGAUGAUCGAAGUGAACCAGUAUCGAGCAACACCCAAAAAUACGGCUCUCCCGUCGUUUCUGCGACUGCCCGCUAACUCGACCACCAAUCUCCGCGCUAAACGUCAAGCUUCAUGUCAAGGAUGUUGCUUACCUGGACCACCUGGACCUGAUGGUCCACCGGGUAAAAAUGGAAGACCAGGUCGCCCAGGAGCACAAGGUCCACCAGGAUUCCCAGGACGACCACCAGCAGUAUGCGAACAAGUCACGGAACCACCAUGCACUCCUUGUCCACCUGGAGAACCAGGACCACAGGGACCCCAAGGAGAUCCCGGGAACGCUGGACCACCUGGCCCACCAGGAAGAAAUGGAAAUGACGGAAAUCCAGGACCUCAAGGACCACCCGGAGCUCCGGGUCCACGUGGUGAACCAGGACGCGACGGACCUCGUGGAGAGGCCGGAAGACCAGCAAUAUCAACGCCUGCUCUACCAGGAGAUCCUGGAACACCUGGAGAACAAGGACCACAAGGUUUACCGGGAGACCCAGGUGAGCCCGGACGUCCGGGAUCGGACGGCCCACCAGGUCCGCCUGGACCACCCGGUCCUCCGGGAGCGAACGGUGAACCUGGAGAGCCAGGGCCACAGGGAACACCCGGUCGUCCAGGACCACAAGGUGAACGGGGUAUUUGUCCAAAAUAUUGCGCACUCGACGGUGGCGUUUUCUUCGAAGAUGGAACACGACGUUGA